CCGCGCCAGACAUUGAAAGUGUAAUUUUUUCACGAUGAGUCGAGCUGAAUGGGAGGACAAUGAAGAAAUCAAAAUAUUCCGCGAAUAUUUGCGCAUUCCAUCGGUGCAUCCAAAUGUGGAUUACACUGCUUGUGUGGAAUUCUUGAAACGUCAAGCGGCGAGCCUGGAGCUGCCUGUAGAGGUUGUGUCGGUCGGACUGAAUCCGGUUGUUGUUAUAAAGUGGCUAGGCAAGCAGCCUGAGCUGCCUUCCAUUGUCCUAAACUCGCACAUGGAUGUGGUUCCGGUGUUCCCUGAGAGGUGGACCCACGCGCCGUUCGAUGCCGAAAUGGAUGACGAGGGUCGUAUCUAUGCUCGAGGCGCCCAGGACAUGAAGAGUGUUGCCACGCAAUAUCUUGGGGCUGUUCGGUCUCUGAAAGCCAGCGGCUAUCAGCCCAAGCGCACGGUUUAUCUCACCUUUGUGCCCGAUGAAGAGGCUGGCAUUACUCCGGGAAUGGCCAACCUGGUCAAGACGGACUACUUCAAGAGACUCAAUGUUGGAUUUAGCUUGGACGAGGGCAUUGCCAGCGAGGACGAAGCGUAUGAUGUGUUCUAUGCAGAGCGAACUAUAUGGCACCUAAGGCUGAAGAUCAGCGGAACUUCUGGUCACGGUUCGCUGCUUCUAAGCAAAACCGCCGGGCAGAAGUUCAGCUACAUUUUGGUCAAAAUGAUGGAAUUCCGUGAUUUGGAGGUGAGAAAACUUGAGCAGAAGUCCAAAAUAGACAUUGGAGACGUUACCACCAUGAAUCUCACCCAACUGGCCGGCGGUGUCCAAAGCAAUGUGGUGCCGCCGUUGCUGGAAGUGGUCUUCGACAUUCGAAUUGCCAUAACUGUGGACAUUGAUGAGCUCGAGAAGAAAAUUCGCGACUGGUGCGAGGAGGCUGGAGGCGGCAUUGAGCUGGUGUUUGAAUCGAAGGAACCCUAUGUACCGCCCACUAAAAUCGAUGCAUCGAAUCCCUACUGGCUGGCGUUCAAGCAAGCCCUAGACGAACUAGGUGUGAAGACCCGGCAACGCGUGUUUCCUGGCGGCACCGACAGCCGCUUCCUGCGACAAGCUGGCAUCUCGGCCUUGGGAUUCUCGCCAAUCAAUAACACGCCCAUCCUACUGCACGACCACAACGAACACCUGCGAGCAGACACCUAUCUGCGUGGCAUUGAGAUUUACAAGAAGCUAAUCGCAGCUGUUGCCAAUGCCUAGCGCAUUUUACAUACUCUUAAUUAAUGUUGAUUUCAAUAGUUUGAUCGAUUUGCUAUUCAACAAUAAACAUACCUGAAGCUAAAUGACAAGUAAAACUU